GGCCAGACCACAUCAUGCCAGUCCUCCUCGGGUCCACAUGGGGGCCAAGGAGGCUGGACCACAUCAUGCCAGUCUUGCCCGGGUCCACAUGGGGGCCAAGGAGGCUGGACCACAUCAUGCCAGUCCUGCCCGGCCUUGCUCUGCCAUCACUGAGUCAAGCUGAGAAGUGCGCGGGGGAGAGAGGGGGCGGGGGGAAGCCCCUCAGCCAAUCAGCGCGCUCCUUCCGCGGACUGGCCGGAAAGAGCCGAGCGCGGCCGAAGUGUCCCGAUGGCAGCGAGCGAGUGCCCGCAUGGAGCUGGUCUUCCGGAGAGGAUGCUGGACGCCCGGAGAGGACGCAGCUGAAGCGGCCAAGCACCCGGAGAGCAGAACACUGCUGGAUCUACUUUUUCAUCAAGCUUUUUGAUGCUUUUUUGCCUCUCCAUUUCCCUCUUUGGCGGUGGAGUGUGACGCGGGGCAAGCGGGGCUGUCUUCCCCUUUUUCGGCUUUAUUUUUGGAUCCUCCGGCUUGGACCACCUGAGCGGCCUCCAGGAGCAUGGUGUCCCUUGAUGAACGUGUGACGCUGUAGCCAAUCAGCAGCCUUGUGGGCACCAGCGAGGAGGCGGGGCGAGGGUCCCAAGAUGGCCGAAAGCUGCAGACGGCCGCCCGGUGGGAGCGCCGUUCACCUCCUGCUGCUGAUGUCGGCCACGCUGGUCCUGCCUUCGCACGCCGAAAGCUCGCCCAGCUUCCUCAAGUCGCCCGACGACCAGACGGGGAUUUCGGGCGGCGUGGCGUCUUUCGUGUGCCAGGCAGCGGGCGAACCCACGCCUCGCAUCACCUGGAUGAAGAAGGGCAAGAAGGUCAGCUCGCAGCGCUUUGAGGUGAUCGAGUUCGACGACGGCUCGGGCUCCGUCCUCCGCAUCCAGCCGCUGAGGACCCACCGCGACGAGGCCAUCUACGAGUGCACGGCCACCAACAGCGCGGGCGAGAUCAACACCAGCGCCAAGCUCACCGUCCUGGAAGAGGACCAGAUCCCCCACGGCUUCCCCACCAUCGACAUGGGCCCCCAGCUGAAGGUGGUGGAGAGGACGCGCACCGCCACCAUGUUGUGUGCCGCCAGCGGCAACCCCGACCCGGAGAUCUUCUGGCUGAAGGACUUCCUGCCCGUGGACGUGGGCGCCAGCGACGGACGCAUCAAGCAGCUGCGCUCAGGUGGUACACCAAUCAGAGGUGCUCUGCAGAUCGAGCAGAGUGAGGAGUCAGACCAGGGCAAGUACGAGUGUGUGGCCAUCAACAGCGCCGGGACUCGCUACUCCGCCCCCGCUAAUCUCUACGUGCGAGUUCGCCGCGUGCCCCCCCGCUUCUCCAUCCCGCCCACCCACCACGAGGUGAUGCCCGGCGGCAGCGUCAACCUGACCUGCGUGGCGGUGGGCGCCCCCAUGCCGUAUGUCAAGUGGAUGAGCGGCGAGGCCGAGCUGACCCCCGAGGACGAGAUGCCCAUCGGACGCAACGUCCUGGAGCUGGCCAACAUCCGCCAGUCUGCCAACUACACCUGCGUGGCCAUCUCCUCGCUGGGCAUGAUCGACACCACCGCCCAGAUCACCGUCAAAGCCCUGCCCAAGCCUCCCACCUCCCUCAUCGUGACCGAGACCACCGCCACCAGCGUCACCUUGACCUGGGACUCCGGCAACCCUGAGCCCGUGUCCUACUACGUUAUCCAGUACCGGCCCAAAGUAUCGGAGAACGGCUUCCAGGAAGUGGACGGCGUAGCCACCACCCGCUACAGUAUCGGCGGUCUCAGCCCCUUUUCCCAGUACGAGUUCCGGGUCAUGGCGGUCAACAACGUGGGCCGAGGUCUCCCCGGCACCAUAGUGGACACCCGCACAAGUGAGCAGGCGCCCUCCUCACCCCCGCUCCACGUCCAGGCCCGCAUGCUGAGCCCCAGCACCAUGCUGGUCCAGUGGGAGCCCCCCGAGGAGGCCAACGGGCAGAUCCGAGGCUACAGGGUCUACUACAGUUCCGACCAGGAGGCGCCUCUCAGCGCCUGGCAGAAACACAACACAGAUGACAGUCAGCUGACCACUGUCGCUGAUCUGACCCCGGACCUCACCUACAGUGUCCGGGUGCUGGGCUUCACCUCGGUGGGCGACGGACCCCCGUCUGACGUCCUGCUCAUCAAGACUCAGCAAGGAGUUCCGGCGCAGCCGUCUGGUUUAGAAGCCGAAGCCGAGCUGGACUCUCGAAUCAUGCUGUCUUGGCUUUGGCCCGUCCAGGACCCCGUCGUCGGUUUCGAGCUUCUCUACUGGGAGGCCAACAAUCCCCAGGACAAGCACAGCGUCACGUUCGAGCCAUCGGGAUCGUACGCGGUGGACGGGUUGAAACCCGAUACGGUCUACAUGUUCUCCCUGGCUGCCAGAUCCGAGAUGGGCUUAGGAGUCUUCACUCGUCCCAUCCAGGGCAGAACCGUCCAGUCCACCCCCUCAGCCCCUCCCCAGGACAUAAGCCUCUUCAGUCCGAGCUCCACGAGCAUCCAGGUGAGUUGGGCGGCGCCGCCUACGGACCGCCACCACGCCGGGAUCACAGGCUUCUCCCUGGCCUACCGGGCGCCGGCCGGGGAGGACGUGCAGCGCCACCAGGUGUCCGGGAUCGCUGCGGACGCCCGCGGCUACGUGCUGGACCACCUGGAGAAGUGGACUGAGUAUUUGGUGUGGGUGAGAGCUCACACCGUCAUGGGGCCCGGCCCGGAGAGUCCGGCGGUCCGCAUCAGAACUCAGGAGGACGUGCCCGGGGCCCCGCCCAGGAAGGUGGAGGCCGACGCCCUCAACUCCACGGCGGUGCGGGUGAGCUGGAAGCCCCCCCUGCCGGUCAAGCAGCACGGUCAGAUCCGAGGCUACCAGAUCAUCUACUCCAGGCUGGAGAAGGGAGAACCUCACGGCCAACCCCUCAUCAUGGACGUCUCCCUGCCGGAAGCUCAGGAGGCGCUCCUGACGGGACUUUUGCCAGAGACCAGCUACUCCGUGACGGUGGCGGCGUACACGACCAAGGGGGACGGCGCUCGCAGCAAGGCCAAAGUGGUCACCACCUCAGGCGCAGUACCUGGCAAGCCCACCAUGAUGAUCAGCACCACCAUCGGCAACACGGCGCUGAUCCAGUGGCAGCCCCCCAAGGAGAUGGUGGGGGAGCACGUGGGCUACCAGCUGCAGUACAAGAGAGCGGAGGAGGACGCCUUCACCGUCAGGGACUUCCGCAAGAGCGACGACCACUUCACCGUCACCGGCCUCCACAAGGGGGCCACCUACGUCUUCAAGCUCUGCGCGAAAAACCGCGCCGGCAACGGCGAGGAGUACGCCAAGGAGGUCAGCACCCCCGAGGACGUCCCCGGCAGCUACCCUCUGAACCUGAGCGUGGUCGGCCUGACCGCCACCGCCACCCAGCUGGCCUGGGACCCGCCCCCUCUGGCCGACCGCAACGGGAGGAUCGUCAAGUACGUGGUGGUCUACCGAGACAUCAACAGCCAGAACAACAGCUCCAACGCCACCGCCGACACGCACAUGACCGUCCAGGGCUUGCGGCCCGACACCACCUAUGACAUCAGAGUGCAGGCCUUCACCAGUAAAGGGGGCGGGCCCAUCAGCCCCAGCAUCCAGAGCAGGACCAUGUCCACCUCCAUGCCGGUGUUCACCAAGGACUUCGGUGUAAAAGCGGUGAUGAAAACCUCCGUCCUGUUGACCUGGGACGUUCCGGAGACCUUCGAGUCCGAGGUGCCCCUGAAGAUCCUCUACAACCAUCAGAGCGUGGAGGUGCCGGGCCACCAGAGGAGGAAGCUGAUCACGCAGCUGCAGCCCGACACGCAUUACUCCUUCGUGCUCAUGAGCCGCGGGAACAGCGCCGGCGGCCUCCAGCAGCAAGUCUCCAUCCGGACCUCGCCGGACCUGCUCAAGACCGGGCCCAGCGAGUACGAGCAGGACGAGGAGGAGGGCGGGAAAGUGAGCGUUCGGCUCCCCAAGGUGCCGCCUGGAACGCCUGUCAGAUGCUUCUACCUCGUGGUGGUCCCUGUGACCCCCACUUCUCUGACGUGGGAGAACCCCGACGACAUGGACCUUCAUGAGCUCCUGGACGCGGAGGGCGGCGCGCGGAGGAAGAGGAGCCAAGGCGCGGACUUCCUGCAGCCUUACAUCGCUGCCAAGCUGGACUCCCUGCCCGAGGUCUUCACGCUGGGCGACGAGCACAGAUACCACGGCUACCGCAACAAGCCGUUACCGGGGCAACAGCAGUACCGCUGCUUCGUCCUGGCCGAGCUGAUGGACCUGGACUCGCAGAGGACGUUCGCUGCCAGUCCCUUCUCUGAGCCCAUCCUGGUGAAGCUCCACAGCGGCAUGGCGAGACACUCCGAGGACCCGGAGAUGCUGUGGGUGAUGGGUCCUGUGCUGGCCGUCAUCCUCAUCAUCAUCAUCGUCAUCGCCAUUCUCCUCUUCAAAAGGAAGCGUACGUCUCCGUCGGGGAAAGAGGAGCAGCUGGUGGGGGUGAAGGACUCGCUGCUGGCGCACUCUGCAGACCCCGUGGAGAUGAGGAGGCUCAACUGUCAGACGCAAGGUUCCAGUACCCUCAGUUGCCCGACCACGCCAAGGAUGAGGCAACAUCCUCCCGUCGCCACCUGCGACCUGGCCGACCACCUGGAGCGACUCAGGGCCAACGACGGCCUGCGCUUCUCUCAGGAGUACGAGUCCAUCGACCCCGGGCAGCAGUUCACGUGGGAGCACUCCAACAUGGAGAUCAACAAGCCAAAGAACCGCUAUGCCAACGUCAUCGCCUACGACCACUCCAGAGUCCUCCUCACUCCCGUGGACGGAGUCCCCGGCAGCGACUACGUCAACGCCAACUACGUGGACGGCUACAGGAAGCAGAACGCCUACAUCGCCACGCAGGGCCCGCUGCCCGAGACGCUGAGUGACUUCUGGAGGCUGGUCUGGGAGCAGCGCACCUGCACCUUGGUCAUGAUGACCCGCCUGGAGGAGAAGUCCCGGGUGAAGUGUGACCAGUACUGGCCCGGUCGUGGCACCGAGACCUACGGCAUGAUCCAGGUCACCAUGUUGGACUCUGUGGAGUUAGCCACCUACAGCGUGCGCACCUUCGCCCUAUACAAGAAUGGCUCCAGCGAGAGGAGAGAGGUCCGACAGUUCCAGUUCAUGGCCUGGCCAGACCACGGAGUGCCUGAGUACCCCACACCGACGCUGGCCUUUCUCCGCAGGGUCAAAGCCUGCAACCCCCAAGAUGCCGGCCCCAUGGUGGUGCACUGCAGCGCCGGCGUGGGCCGCACGGGCUGCUUCAUCGUCAUCGACGCCAUGCUGGAGCGGAUGAAACACGAGAAGUCGGUGGACGUGUACGGCCAUGUGACCUGCAUGCGGGCCCAGAGGAACUACAUGGUGCAGACGGAGGACCAGUACGUCUUCAUCCACGAGGCCCUGCUGGAGGCGGCCACCUGCGGCCUCACCGAGGUCCCCGCCCGCAACCUCUACGUCCACAUCCAGAAACUCAGCCAGGUUCCCCCCGGAGAGGCCGUCACCGCCAUGGAGCUGGAGUUCAAGAAGUUGGCCAACUCCAAAGCACACACCUCCAGAUUCAUCAGUGCCAACCUGCCGUGCAACAAGUUCAAGAACCGCCUGGUGAACAUCAUGCCUUUCGAGUCCAGCCGAGUCUGCCUGCAGCCCAUCAGAGGCGUGGAGGGCUCCGACUACGUCAACGCCAGCUUCGUCGACGGCUACAGGCUGCAGAAAGCCUACAUGGCCACACAGGGCCCCUUGGCAGAGACCACCGAGGACUUCUGGAGGAUGCUGUGGGAACACAACUCCACCAUUGUUGUCAUGCUCACCAAACUGCGCGAGAUGGGACGGGAAAAGUGCCAUCAGUACUGGCCUGCCGAGCGCUCGGCCCGCUACCAGUACUUUGUCGUGGACCCCAUGGCCGAGUACAACAUGCCGCAGUACAUCCUGAGAGAGUUCAAAGUGACCGACGCCAGGGACGGCCAGUCCAGAACCAUCAGGCAGUUCCAGUUCACCGACUGGCCCGAGCAAGGUGUGCCGAAAACCGGGGAGGGAUUCAUCGACUUCAUCGGCCAAGUCCACAAAACCAAGGAGCAGUUCGGGCAGGACGGACCCAUCACGGUGCACUGCAGCGCCGGCGUGGGGCGGUCUGGCGUGUUCGUCACCCUGAGCAUCGUGCUGGAGAGGAUGCGCUACGAGGGCGUGGUCGAUGUCUUCCAGACGGUGAAGACGCUCAGAACCCAGCGGCCCGCCAUGGUGCAGACGGAGGACCAGUACCAACUGUGCUACCGGGCCGCCCUGGAGUACCUGGGAAGCUUUGACCACUAUGCAACAUAACCCGGCGUGGAGCGGGAGCCUGGUGUCCUCUGUGAGCCCACCAGGCGGCGACAACGAGGGCCUGAGGAGGUGAUGAGGGUAGACCGGGGGGGCGGAGCCAGACUCACAGACCCCCAACACACAUUUCUCUUCUGUUGCCAAUAUUUACCCUUUAUUUUCUUACGUCUUCAUGACUGUUUUUAUCCUCUAUUAGCACUGAGGACAUGUUUUCAACAUGCUCCCAGAUAUUAUGAACACAUAUACUCUGCUGCUACAUUUGUUUUUCUACCAUGCACGUCAUAUUUUACUCGCUCACACACUUUUAUUUUGAGGUCGGAGGGCUUCUAGUCGUGACGCUCACAUCUUCCUGAGAAGUUCGACCCCAUGCCACAGUUUUGUUGCAAAGCUGAAGGACAGCAAGAAGGUUUCCUGGUUUGAGUAGAUCUCUCUCUCUCUUCCCCCCCCCCCAUCCAGGCGACAUCAUAACGAAAGAGUGAUGACAAAAUUGUCUGGCUGUCAAAGUCGUUACGAACCCCUCCUGGAUCCUAAAAAUGUAAGAGAAGAAAUACAAACGCAAAAAGCUGUGAAGUUGUCACGUCGUAUAAAUGGUAAAUAAAAAGAGAAUACAAUGAUUUGCAAAUUCCUAAUUCAUUUAAAACCUCUUCUCACUCCGGCGUUUACCAAAGGCAUGCGGUAAAUUUAGGCCUUGCGCUUGAAAAUUUGAGUGUGAUGUAAGGAUACCAUCAUGAAAAGCACAUUUAAUUAAAAAAAAACGUUAUUAUGGUCUUACCUUUACUUAUAAAUGAAGUCCAUGCGCAGCUCCUCCUGGUCAAAAGCAUCGAUAACUUGUUCAUAGAAGUCUUCCUUAUCUUUCUUCAGUUUUAAAAGUCUCUCUGUCUCGAUGGAGAUCUUCCUUUAUUACCUCCUGCUUCCAUUGAAAGUCCAGUUUAGAAAACUGUUUUAUUUUAGAUAUGUAAUCCUCCAUGUUAAAACUGCAAGCGAGAAGAAAAAAUAACGGAUCACUGCUCGGUUGGUAGAGUGGCCGUGUCAGCAACUUGAGGGUUGCAGGUUCAAUUCCAGCUUCUGCCAUCCUAGUCACUGUCGUUAUGUCCUUGGGCAAGACACUUUACCCACCUGCUCCCAGUGCCACCCACACUGGCUUAAAUGUAACUUGGAUAUUGGGUUUCACUAUGUAAAGCGCUUUGAGUCACUAGAGAAAAGCGCUAUAUAAAUAUGAUUCACUUCACUUCACUGCUCACUCUUGCUGCUUGUUGUCACUUCUUCUGCAGCCGAGUAGUCGCAAGAAGGAUCACUAGCGCCCUCUACCAGCAGGAGGCGGGAGUCAUUUAAUGACUCAUAUUUGACACACGCAGCUACGGUAUAUUAAUAAAACAUAGCUGCUUACUGUUCUUUUUAGCAUAUUCAAUUGCUUGGACCUUAAAUCCUACUGAAUAGCUCUUAAUCCGAUUUCAAAUGAUUGAAAUCAGCCCCCUCCAUUUUGAAAAUGAUGACAGGUGAAGUGUCACUCGUGACGUGACGAGUUUGACCCGGCGGAAAUUCUUGGCAUAUGCUAAUUAUUUGGCGAAACAAGUUUGACCCGGCGGAAAUUCUAGACAUGCGCUAAUAAAAAUAAUAUUUUGCGACACGAGUUUGACCCGGCGUUAAUCCUGAGUAAUGCUAAGCAUGCGCUAAUUAUUUUGCGAAACGAGUUUGACCCGGCAGUAAUUCUAGUCAGGUGCAUACUAUAUACCCGGCGGCAAUUCAAGAAAAUACGGUAUAUUCAAUUGAAAAGACUGCAAAGACAAGAUACUUAACGUUCACACUGAGAAACAUUGUUGUUUUUUGCAAAUAAUCAUGCAAACACAUUGCAAAAAAGGCAUUUUUUACCAGUGUGUUACAUGGCCUUCCCUUUGAACAACACUCAGUAAAGGUUUGGGAACUGAGGAGACACAUUUUUGAAGUGGAAUUCUUUCCCAUUCUCGCUUGAUGUACAGCUUAAGUUGUUCAACAGUCUCCCGCCUCAUAUUUUAGCCUUCCCAUAUUCUCAAUGUCUGGACUACAGGCAGGCCAGUCUAGUGCCCGACCUCUUUUACUAUGAAGCCACGCUGUUGUAACAGCAUUGUCUUGCUGAAAUAAGCAGGGGCGUCCAUGAUAACGUUGCUCCAAAAGCUGUAUGUACAUUUCAGCAUUAAUGGUGCCUUCACAGAUGUGUAAGUUACCCAUACCUUGGCCACUAAUACACCCCCAUGCCAUCACACAUGCUGCCUUUUACAAUUUGCGCAUAAAACAGUAAGAUGGUUCUUUUCCUCUUUAGUCCAAAGGACACACCGCCCACCGUUUUCAAAAACAAUUUGAAAUGUGGACUCGUCAGACUACAGAACACUUUUCCACUUUGCAUCAGUCCAUCUUAGAUGAGCUCGGGCCCAGCGAAGCCGGCGGCGUUUCUGGGUGUUGUUGAUAAAUGGCUUUGGCUUUGCAUAUAUAAUUAAUAUUUGCAAAAAAUUAAGUUUUCUCGUUUGAACGUUAAGUAUCUUGUCGUUGCAGUCUAUUCAAUUGAAAAUAAGUUGAAAAGCAUUUGCAAAUCAUUGUAUUCUGUUUUUAUUUACCAUUUACACAACGUGACAACUUCCGUGCUUUUGUUUAUUGUACAAAUACUAUAUGGUUUGAUUGCUAUUUUUUUUGUUUUUGGGGGAAAUUUUGAACAUUUACGAUGGUGCUUCGGUUGUCAGUGGAGGGGCAGAAUGAAUUUAGGCAAAGAAAAAUAUUUUAUGUUGUCUCUUGCAUAUGUGAUCUCUUCUCUAUUUUAAUAAUAAAAAAAAUAAAAAAAAGAUGUAAAUAAAAGGCUUUGAACACCUGAA